AUGGAUCAUCUUUACACUUCUACUGUUGACGCGGAACCACUUUAUCGCUACCGACAAGGUGGCUAUCACCCAGUCGCUCUAGGAGAUCGCCUGAAAGCUGGAAGGGAAGAGAGUUAUGUUGCUCUCAAAAUUUCUAUUGCAGAAAGGGAACAUGACGGGAAAACGCGAGAGCUCCAAAUUAUGAAGGAAUUGGCAUCUCAUCAUCCUCGUCCCAAACAUACGGUGCAUUUGCUCGAUGACUUCGAUAUAAGGGGCCCAAAUGGAUCUCAUAAAUGUCUAGUUUAUGAGCUUCUAGGGCCUAAUAUCCCGGACACAAUUGAUGCACACUUCCCUGGUGGAAGAUUGCCUGGGAAGCUUGCCAAAGUCAUUGCCAAGCAAGCUCUUAUCGGGCUUGAUAGUCUGCACCAACAAAGUAUUGGGCAUGGAGAUCUACAUACCCGCAAUCUGGCCUUCACUAUGCCGUCCGUAGAUGAUUUGACUGAAGAAGAGUUUACAGAGAUGCUAGGAAAACCAGAAAUUGGCUAUGUCCGAAAGAGCGAUGGAAAAAGCCUAGAGCCUGGCAUACCCGAAUAUAUCCUCAGGCCCACCUCAUACCAGACAUAUUAUCGGAAUCUGUCCCAGUCAAUCAAGAUCAUCGACUUUGGAGGAGCAUUUUUACGCACUACAGUUCCGCAAACUUUACACACCCCUCUACCGGUUCGGGCACCCGAAAUCAUAUUUCAAGAUCACAUUGAUUAUCAUGUAGACUUGUGGAGCAUGGGCUGUAUGCUUUUUGAACUUUUUGUUGGCCAGCCACCAUUUGACACAUUUUUUCUAACACCGAGGAUUCUCGUUGGUCAAAUGUUAGAGAUAGCAAAUGACGACUUACCUGAGAGAUGGCAAGGUAUUUGGGAUACGAUGAAUGCAGGGGAUAACGAAAUUACAGAAAGCACGGGGCUCAACUUGCAGGAAUGGCUGGAAGAAGUGUACUUUGAUUGUGCGCUGAGGCCCGAUUUGACAAGAGAGGACAUAGCGAGGCUGGGGCAAAUUAUCGGAAGAUUAUUGCGGUUUGAGCCGUCAACAAGAGCGUCAGCGAGAGAGGUUCUAGAUGACCCUUGGUUCAAUGAAUAA